UUUCUGACUUCUGCUAAUGCAAGAAAAGUCUAAACAUAAAGUUUGCUAGGUACUCUACUCAUAGGACCUGGUAGAAGACUAUUAACAAUAACAGAGAGCAAAACAAUAGUGAUAAGGAAAAUGGGAGAGGAAAAUAAAAUAAUUCUACAUGGAACAUGGGCUAGCCUGUUUUCUAAAAGAGUAGAGCUGGCUCUCAAAGUCAAAGGAAUACCUUAUGAGUAUGUUGAGGAAGAUUUGAGCAACAAAAGUCCAUUGCUGCUAAAAUACAAUCCCAUUCAUAAGAAAGUACCUGUACUUGUCCACAAUGGUAAACCUGUUUCCGAGUCACUCGUCAUUCUUGAAUACAUCGAUGAAAUCUGGAAAAUCGGAUCUCUAAUCUUGCCGGAGGAUCCACACGAGAGAGCCAGAGUUCGUUUCUGGGCCAAUUUCAUUGAUCAACAUGUUUUACUUAGCGUGGCUAAGAUCUGGAAGUCAACUGGGGAAGAACAAGAGAAGGCUCAAGAGGAAGUAUUAGAAAAAAUGAGAAUUCUGGAAGAGGGAAUGAAGAGCACAAAUCUUGAAAUCUGUGCAAAUGAUUUGGGGCUCUUACAAAUCUUGCUACUUUCAACAUUUGGAUCUUUUAAAGCAUAUGAAGAGGUCCUUGGUGUGAAGGUUUUGGUUCAAGAAAACACACCACUACUUUAUUCAUGUGUGACAAGUUUAAAUGAGUUGCCAGUGGUGAAAGAAAUUUGUCCUCCUCAUGAUAUGCUGGUUGCUUUACUCAACAUCUAUAGACAAAAUGCCUUGAAAUCCACCACCAACUGAGCUGCUGAUUUUGUGAAAGUAAUGCUUGUGAGUUUGCGAACAUAUGUAUCGUGUUUCUUUUUUCACUUUUUAUUAGAGGACAGUGAGAAUUGAACCCACACUUAUGGUAUGGAAAACUCCCAUAAUACCACUAGGUUAUAAGUGGUGAUGGUCAUCGUGGUUUAAUUCAAUUUUCAUAUAUCCCCGUCAUAGAGCCGUGUGAGUUCUUCUUGUAAUAAGGUCUAUGACCAUGCUUGAGAUCAAGUAGUAAUCGCCUGUGAAAAAUCAUAUUUAAAAUUUGUGCAA